AUGCACAUCACCACCACCCUCCUCACCACAGCAUCCGCCCUCCUCAUCCUCCCCACCCUCACCGCCGCCGCCGGCAACGCCGUCGUCACCAACAACUGCAACACCCCGAUCUACCUCUGGUCCGUCGGCGGCUCCGUCGGCCCCCGCCAGACCAUCGCCCCCGGCGCCAGCUACACCGAGGCCCUCCACUACGACCCGGCCUCCGGCGGCGUUGCCCUCAAGAUCACCAAGACCCCCGACGGCCUGUACGACGGCAGCCCCCAGCUGAACUACGCCUACACCCUCGACGGCGCCAAGACCUGGUACGACCUGUCCAGCGUUUUCGGGAAUGCCUUCGCCGGCUCGGUUCUGAGUGUCAAGCCCAGCGAUACGUCCUGCCCCAAGAUCUGUUGGCCGAAUGGGGUGAACCCGGGUGGCAGUCAGGUGAAGACUUGUCAGGCGGGAAGUAACGAGGUUUUGACGGUUUGCGCGGCUGCGUGUUAG